ACUAACGUCAAAUCAAAUUAAUGUCAUAUAUGAAAGGCAAUGUCAAAAGUAUUGUUAUUAAAUUGAAUUGUCGAUUUUGAUACUUUAAAAAGUUUAAAAAUCUUAUUAAAUAUACCUUUCAAAUAUUACCUUUUCAAUUAUUAUAAACGAAACAAUGCUCAAUAAUAUUAGUUGAUUAUUGACUAUCACGCAAUUAACGAUUUCACAAGAAAUAUCUACUAUUUCUCCGAUAAGUAUAUAAAUAAAUAAAAUGGAUAAACGAGGUAAAAGACAUUAUUCAUCAUCAGAUUCUGAUAGUGCUGAAGAAAAUCGAAGAAAGGAUUUAAAAGAAAGAGAUGAAUUUGCAACAAGACUCAGAAAACGAGACGAAGAAAAAGUUAAAAAACUUGCCGAAAGCACAAGCAAAAGAUCAUACGAAGAAGCUGCAAAACGUUUAAAAUUGGAAGCAGAAGACCGAGACAAAAUAUUGCCAAAACUCCGCAUUCAAUCUAGGCGAAAGUAUUUACAAAAGAGGAAAGAUGAUAAGGUUAUUGAAUUGGAAGAUGAUAUAGCUGAUGAUGAGUAUCUAUUUGACGAAAGCAUAUUAACAGAAAAAGAAAAAAAAGACCGGGAGCAUAAGAAAACAAUAUUGCAAUUGGCCAAAGAACAUGAAAAGGCACGAGAGUUGGAAAAUGUACAAAGAUAUCACAUGCCUCAAGAUCUGGGAAAGGGUGAAAAGGGUGAAUAUAUAGAAGUUGAUGAAAAUGAGAAACUCCCACAUUCUGAACAAAGAAAAUGGGAACAGGAGCAAAUAAAAUCUGCCUUUUUUAAGUUUGGUGCCAAGGAUGCAAAAGCUCAAGAUGAAUAUGAAUUGUUACUGGAUGAGCAGAUUGACUUUAUUCAAGCUUUGCAAUUGGAAGGAAAUAAAAAAAAAGAGGAAGAAGAAAAAAUAUCAGAAUAUCAAAAGGCACGGCUAACAAUAGAAGAAACAAAGAAGUCAUUACCUGUUUUCCCUUUUAGAGACUCUUUAAUUGAGGCAAUAAAAAACUAUCAGAUUUUGAUAGUGGAGGGUGAAACUGGUUCUGGAAAAACUACACAGAUUCCUCAGUACCUUAAUGAAGCAGGAUUCACUAAAGAUGGUAAAAAAAUUGGUUGUACCCAACCAAGAAGAGUAGCUGCAAUGUCUGUAGCAGCAAGGGUGGCGCAAGAAAUGAAUGUUAAAUUAGGAAAUGAAGUUGGUUACAGUAUUCGUUUUGAAGACUGUACAUCUGAGAGAACUGUGAUCAAAUAUAUGACAGAUGGAACAUUACACAGGGAGUUUUUAUCUGAACCUGAUUUAGCAUCAUACAGUGUAAUGAUUAUUGAUGAAGCUCAUGAGAGAACAUUACAUACAGAUAUUUUAUUUGGCCUUGUGAAAGAUAUAACAAGAUUUAGACCAGAUUUAAAGUUACUCAUAUCUAGUGCUACAUUAGAUGCUGAGAAGUUUUCUACAUUUUUUGACGAUGCUCCAAUAUUUAGAAUACCUGGCAGAAGAUUUCCUGUAGACAUAUAUUAUACAAAAGCACCAGAAGCUGAUUAUAUCGAUGCAUGUGUGGUCACAGUAUUGCAAAUUCAUGCCACUCAACCACUUGGAGAUGUAUUAGUCUUCCUGACAGGUCAAGAAGAGAUUGAAACUUGUGUUGAAAUGUUACAAGAAAGGACAAAAAGAAUUGGGAAGAAAUUGAAAGAACUUGUUAUUUUACCAGUUUAUGCAAACCUGCCAAGUGACAUGCAAGCAAAAAUUUUUGAACCCACUCCUGAAGGCGCAAGAAAAGUUGUACUUGCCACUAAUAUUGCUGAAACAUCAGUAACAAUUGAUAAUAUAAUCUAUGUCAUAGAUCCCGGGUUUGCAAAGCAAAAUAAUUUUAACUCUAAAACUGGUAUGGAAAGUCUAAUGGUGGUACCAAUAUCUAAAGCAUCAGCAAAUCAAAGAGCAGGUAGAGCAGGAAGAGUAGCUCCUGGAAAAUGUUUUAGACUCUAUACGGCGUGGGCGUAUAAAUACGAACUUGAGGACAAUACUGUACCUGAAAUUCAAAGGAUUAAUUUGGGAAAUGCAGUACUCACAUUAAAAGCUUUAGGUAUAAAUGAUCUUAUACAUUUUGAUUUUCUCGAUCCUCCUCCACAUGAGACACUAGUAUUAGCUUUAGAACAGUUAUAUGCGCUUGGUGCUCUCAAUCAUCAUGGAGAAUUAACAAAAGCUGGAAGACGUAUGGCAGAAUUUCCUACUGAUCCUAUGCUUGCUAAAAUGUUAUUAGCUAGUGAAAAGUACAAAUGUUCCGAAGAAAUUGUCACAAUAGCUGCCAUGCUGUCUGUAAAUAGUUCAGUAUUUUAUAGGCCAAAAGAUAAAAUAAUACAUGCAGAUACUGCAAGAAAAAACUUUUUUCACCGGCAUGGUGAUCACUUAACUUUGAUGAAUGUUUACAAUCAGUGGGUUGAUUCAGACUAUUCAGUCCAAUGGUGUUAUGAAAAUUUUAUUCAAUAUAGAUCCAUGAAGCGAGCUCGGGAUGUGCGUGAGCAAUUAGUGGGACUUAUGGAGAGAGUUGAAAUAGAAAUGGUUUCAAGCUUAGCAGAGGAUACUAACAUUCGAAAAGCCAUCACUGCUGGCUACUUUUAUCACAUUGCUAAAUUUUCUAAAGGAGGUCACUACAAAACUGUAAAACAUAACCAAACUGUUAUGAUUCAUCCAAAUAGUGCUUUAUUUGAAGAACUACCAAGAUGGGUAAUAUACCAUGAAUUAGUUUUUACCUCAAAAGAAUUUAUGCGACAAGUUACAGAGAUAGAGAGCAAAUGGCUGUUAGAAGUGGCCCCACAUUAUUACAAGGCUAAAGAGCUAGAAGACUCAAGUAAUAAAAAAAUGCCUAAAACUGUUGGUAAAUCAGCUCUUAGUACAUAAAAACUUCUAAAAAAUACAAAAUAAUAUCAAA